UUGUAGAGUGGACGUGGUUUAUAUAAAGGAGUGGUACUGUCAUACACACAUUGUGUCAUACAUAAUACCGUGACCCGUGAGGAAAUAUUGCAGCGCGUUAAUGAUAUGACAUGCGGUAAAGCUAAGAUGAAAAUUCUAUUGAGUGUAGUAUUGCUAAGUGUGUUGGCGCCAUGUCUGGAGACUUCACAGUCUGGUCUUAAAAAGGUGAUGGGCACUAUGUUCCGAUGGAAACAGAUAGACUUUGUGUUCCCCACACCACAACAUCGACAGGCUGCUAUUGAUAAUGGGUGGUUUAUCCAACCGAAUGUAAUACCGCUGGGCGUGGAACGGUGGAAGAACAGAGUGUUUGUGAGUACUCCGGCUUGGAAGAAAGGGGUCCCAGCGACGUUGUCGGUGCUUCCUAUUGAUGCCCAGCCUGAUUCCCCGCUGCUGACUCCCUACCCGAACUGGGACUGGCAUAAUGCUGCUAACUGCACCGGCUUUACAUCGGUGUUUCGCAUGAACAUCGACCACUGUGGAGUAAUGUGGGUGCUGGACUCCGGACAAGUGGAAGGCUUCGAGACCCCACGACAGAUCUGCCCACCGACGCUAUACGCCAUCGACUUGGCAACGGACACCGUCAUUGCCAGGAACCCACUACCAGAUGAAUUCGUCCUGCAAGACUCUCUCAUCACCAACAUCUUAAUCGACUCGAGAGAUGCUCGCUGCAGGGAUCUCCAUGUCUACAUAGCCGACGCAAGACGUUUUGGUCUUAUCGUUUUCCGAGACUCAGAUUCCAAAUUCUGGAGAUUCAGCCACUACACCUUCUAUCCUGAACCAUUGUUCUCGAAUUAUACAUUGCAUGGAGUGAAUUUUCAAUGGGCUGAUGGCAUCUUUGGCAUGUCUUUAAGCAAAGUUAAUCAAGCUGGUGAACGAUUGUUAUAUUAUCAUUCUAUGUCAAGUUCACUUGAAUUUGUAGUGUCAACUUCUGUGAUUCGCGAUCCAGCAAGAGUGAGUGAUUCAGUGGAUGAUUUUAAGCUUCUUGGAGAACGUCGUGGAGCAUUGGGGCAGGUGUCAGCAGCGUCUGUAGACCGCAGUGGCGUCAUGUUCUUUAACCUUGUUCUACAAGACAGUAUCGCAUGUUGGGACACACGCAAGCCGUAUAAACUUGACAAUCUGGCGAUCGUGGCACAAAACAACAACACUAUAGUGUUCCCUAAUGACUUAAGAAUGGAUCAUGAAGUACCACAGUACGCUUGGAUCAUCACCAACAGAUUGCCAAUGUAUCAAUUUAACUUGCUAAAUCCUAAUGAAUAUAAUUUUAGAGUAAUGUACCUAGAUCCAGCAGCGGCAGUUGAACACAAUGUGUGCCAACCUCAAACAAGUCAUUAACUUGUUAUCAAGAAAAUAAAGUAAUUGCACUCGAUAGUGGGACCUGAUGAAAUAUUUACAUUGUAUACUUACCUGUAAGUACAUUAAAAAUAGUUGUUACAAAACCCCCAGUUAUAUGAUGUCCCCAAUAAAUGAGAAAAUUUAAAAAGUAAAAAAUAUUCUUCGAAGCAUUUAGAAAUAAAAAAUCUAACGAAAAUCAUAAUGACUUUAUUAAAAAUCUUGAGU